CCGAGCGGGCCAGUCGACAGUACUCAGUCGGCCGGCGCAUGUGAGCCACGCGUUUACGCUACGUUUACUAAACCUCGCUCGGACUGUGAUUGAAAAUCGGUGGUUUGUGUGAAAACACUGGAUUGUCGCCGAUACCGGCGGGUUUUCAGCGUGCGGAGGUGUAGAAGGGUGGUCAUAUGCGGCGCGCCGGUGUCUGCCUGCUGCUGCUCGCUCUGGGCUCGCCGGCCGUCGCGGAUGUAGUCUUCAGAGUACCUGAAGUUUUGGUACGACCGAUUUCCGACUCUAAGCCGGUUGGCAUAAGCGCCACAGCGUCGCUGCAUAGACCCAACACCUCGGAGAAGGGCGGUGAUGUGGAGGUGCAGUAUGAGGAGUACUUCGUGGAGCACGACGUGUCCACCGCGGAGGCGCGGAAGGCGGCGGCGCUGCUGAACCUCGAUGACAUUCCAGCAACCCGGGUAGGAUGCGGGACCUGCACCCGUCGCGAGAUGGAGUACUGCGAGACGCGGGUGCUGAUGGAUCACUGCUGCUGCGAGAGGCACUUCCUCCCGGAGCCGUUUCCAUGGUUACCGCACACCUGCUACGUCGGCCCCCACCGCUGCCAUCCUUUAGCCCACGACUGCGUGAAGUACACUCGGCUGAGAGAUUGCUGCUGUUAUAAGCAUCUUGCUCAACAGUGGAAAGGCAUAAUGUCGAAGUCAACCAGCAUGAUCAGCGGUGGAAUGAUCGUGCUGCCCCUGCUGUUUGUUCCGGUGCUGUUCUUCGUGGCGUACCUGUGACCCGCGGCGCGCGAGGGCCCGCCUGUGGUCCCCGUCUGAGUAAUUGGUUCUGACAGGCUAUGGUUCUCACUAAGUCAGAAUAUUCUGCCUAACUCCAGUCACUUUCAAACUUACCUGCUGUCAGAAUGUUGUUGUUCACUGCAGUCGUGAUAUUCUUCAGUUCAGUUCGCGGUCAGAUUCUUUUUACUGAUAUUAUGUUAUCAGUCAUCAAGCUGACCGCACCCUGAGUGUAAUCUUGCUGACUGUUGUCUGACAACCUUACGACAUGCAGAUGUCAUUGAACCUAUUGCUAAAGUUAAUGUAGACUUGACUGUCUGAAGGAAUAUGAUAUAGCUAUUAAGGACUAACUUGAACGCAGUUAUCAAUUGCAAUUUGCGACCACGAAAAAUGUUCUCUUCGAUCAAUUUUGCACUAGUAUUUAAAAACCAAAGAGCUUUUUGUGUAUUACCGAAUGGCCUAAAAAGGUUGUGGCAAUGCGCCAGUUGUUGGCACUAAUGAUUUUGAUUGAAAAUUGGCGCAGGCUGCCAAUAUUUAUACUUUCUAAAUGGGCCAAGAAAGUUUUAAAUUCUUAAGGCUAACGAAGCCUAUAGAAAAAAAAGUCAAUAGUCUUCGAUUACUUCUAUUUAUAAUUUAUAAACGAAUGAUUAUAAGUAUUUUACUUUAGGGGGGUGAAUCGUGUCAAAACAGCACGGGUCGGACUAAUCGCAGCCACCAGAGUCCAGACACCUUUUGUCCAUUUCCAUGUGUCAGGUCAAGUUGACCCGAUGGUUAAUCUUUAAUCAAUCUGAAAUGAUAAGGCCACGCGGUGUAAAGGGGCCUUUACUUUUUUAACCCUCUUCCAUAUACGGCAGAAAAGCAGCUGGACAAAUAAACCUUUUUCCCGGUAAUAAAUCCAAACCAGUGUACGUAGACAGAUUGUAUAUAGGAGUUAAGAUUAUAUUCCAAGACUAUUGAUGUUUAUAAUAUUAUUGUCAUUUAAUGACUACUGUAGUGUAGUAGUACUUGUCUACCGACCUAAUUAGCUUUCACAAUUUAAAAAAAAUAUUUAUAAUAUUAUGUGUAAGUAUAUAAUUAUGUCUAAAAAGGUAUGUUCUAUUUCUCAUUGUGAUAAGUGUCCUUGAUUUUAUGUUACAAAGAUUAAAGAAAAAAUAUAUGUUAGAAUCUAAGCAUAAAAGUUUAGGUAAUGCAAAUGUAAAAAAAAAAUCCAAAAAAUCAAACCAAAUAUUGUUUAGGUAAAAUUUUACAAUACAGGCUAGUUAUUUAGGUUACCUACACAAGCUAUCGCUUCGAUACUUCUUAGUAUACGUUUUCUAUCAUUUAAUACUGCAUUUUUGGCCUAAGGUGCCGUGCAGGGUGGUCACACAAUACACAUGCAUUGUUCUGUGAAUGUAAUCUAAAAGUUUUCUGGUUAUAUAACCUCUGGCAAAUUCUCUAUCACCCUUGGAUUGGGCAUGCAGGCUAAAGUGAAAACGUAAUAGCAAAAGAAGGCACAAAUUAAUUGUUAUUACUUCCUCUCUGACGCCACGCCGGCUGUUAGCUCUCGUUUUACGGAAUUUUGAUCAGUUCAAACGUCCUGAAACGAUUUUAACCUUUUGUACCUAUCCCAAAAAAUGUUCCUUGCUAAUAAAAGGUUUUCACUUUAAAAAAUAUGGUACAAAGCGUCUAGUGACGUCAAAUCCAAACAAUAAUUAGUUACUUAGAUAUUAUUCUAAGAUUCUAACUCUGUUUA